AUGAAAGCCCCAACUUAUAUUUUAAAAAGAGUUUAUCUUGAACGUAACUAAGAAAGAGAGUUAAGGAAUCAUGAGAAGAGAUUAGAAGAAAUCAAAUCUUCUAAAGAUUAAACUAAAAUUGAACUCAAGAAAAGAACUUUAGCAGUAUAAUCUUAAUAGGAGCAAGCAAAAAAAAAUCAUGAAAGAGCCACUCAAUUUAAAAUCCAUGAAAAGUAAAGAGAGCAGAUAGCAAGAGAUAAAGUAUUAAUGAAAAAGCUUGUAGAAAUAAAUAAUUAGUCUUCUAUUCCUGCUCCAGCUAAUAGAAAAUCAUAACCAAAUUUGUCUACAUUAAGUAAAUCAAAAACUCCCAGCAGUGCUAGUAUGAUAGGUUUGCAUAGUGUUGGUCGUAAGAAAGAAGAAGAAAGAAUUAACCUUGAAAAUCUUAAUUUAGCUAAUAGAAUGGUAAAGCUACCUCCAGUAAUUAGCGCCAAGAAGCUUGAAACAGAAUAUAAAAAAAAUAAAGAAUUGGGAAAUAAAAUAUUACGUUUCCAUCAUCUCAAGAAAAAAGUAGAAAAGGAAUAUGAUCGUAUGGAGAAAAAAGAUCUUGAUGGAGAUGAAAUUGAUGAUGGCCUUGAUCCAAAUGACGAAGAAUUAAUGAACCAAAGAGUUUAACUUUAUGUCUGCUUUUAAAAAAUAGAAUUUAUAAACUUUUUACCUCAAAAUAUUGAAUCAGAGAAAUACUUCAUGGAAAUAAAAGCUAGUGUUCGUGCUCCUAGAACAACAACUCCAGAAUUAUAUGACGAUUUUGCAAAAUCAGUAGUAAACGAAUUCUUUUAUCUUAGAGAGCUAAAAAAAUCGAAACUUAUGUAUAUUGGUCUUUAUUAGAUUAAGGAUGGCAAUUAAACUUUCUUAGGUGAUUUCGAAAUUGAUUUGACCCCUUAUUACUUAGAAGGUGUUUAAAAGGCAGUGAAGUUAGAUUUAAGAAACUUCAAAGAAUUAUAUAAGCGUCCUGCAUACAUGCCAACAGAUAUGAGAAGAAAAGGUGGAAUCGACUUUGAUAUGAAAAUUCAAUCAAAAGUUAAAUAAUAUUUAUUAGACCAGAAAAAUGCUCAAACAGAAUUAGCUCCUGAAAUUGAUAAAGAAAAGCAGAUAGAUUGGAAUGGAGUUGAGAAUAAAAUAUGA